CCUUAAAUCUCACCACUCAUACACAUACCAUAAUUACACACCAAUUACCAAAACAUCAAAAUGUCCAAGACUCUCGCUGUUAUUGGCGCCACCGGCAAACAAGGCGGUGCAGUCAUAAACUUCGUCCUCAACGACCCAGAGCUGUCAAAGCAAUACAGGAUUCGCGCCAUCACCCGCAAUGUCAAUUCUGAAAACUCCAAAAAGCUCAAAGAGCGGGGUGUUGAAGUCGUACAAGGCGACCUAGCUGACCCUGUUUCCAUCAAGGCUGCCUUGAAGGGAGCUCAUACACUCUUCUUCAUGACAACUCCUGCUUGGACUGCUACCGAUUUGAAGCCCGAGUUUGAAGUCAUCAAGAGGACGGCUGAUGCAGCUGUUGAAGCUGGUAUUGAGUACAUCAUCUUUAGCAGUCUUCCUAGCACUACAGAUGUCUCUGGCGGGAAGUACACUGCCAAUCACCCAUUUGAUGCUAAGGCUGAGGGCGAGAAGUACAUUCGCACACUCCCCGUCAAGAGCGCCUUUGUCCGUCUUGGCUUCUUUCUCGAGAACAUCAUCCAAGUCCCUCUUUGGGCUCCUCAGAAGGAUGAACAUGGCAAUUGGGCCGUCUCUCUCCCUUUCACUCCCGAGACUCGCAUCCCGUGGAUCGACAACGGUAGCAACUGCGGAAGUUUCGUCGGCGCAAUUCUAGCCGAGCCCGAGAAGUAUGAAGGCGCAGGCUUCGAUGCAGCCGCUGGGUUCUACAGCCUGGAGGAGCUAGUUGCCAUUGAGAGUAAGGUCACUGGCAAGGUGAUUGCUUACAAGCAAAUCUCCUCUGAGGAAUUUGCUGAGAAGCUACCAAUCUUGAAGGAUGUUUACGUCCAAGCUUUUAAAGCUGGCCAAGAGUUUGGAUACUAUGGUGCUGAUGGAGAGAAGUCGGUUGCUUGGGCAGCUGAGAGGGCGAGGGGUAAGCUUGUCACUCCUGACGAGUUCUUUAAGGUGAACCCUCUUAAGCUGGAGUGAUGAAGGAAGUGAGGGAUCUUUGUAUUUAGAUGUCGGAGAAGCCUGUUAUGACAAAGAGUUUCUUAAAGGAAGAGGGAUGCGACAGCUGGUUUAAGAUACAGUAAAGCGGGUUGUUAAUGGAACCUCUUUUGUAAGAAGCCUUUGGUCUGGUGAUUAAUCGCUGAUUGUGUUACCAUUCUAUUCCUAGUAUGGAGUUCUACUAAAUCCAUUGUAACCC